GAACUUGGUUAACUUCUAAUUGGCGGUAUUGUUACCUAAGCCCUGGAAAAGAAUCAGUUUAAAGCGUAGAUAAACUAAAAUUGUACCCAUAAAAUAUGGUACAGAUAUUAAGCAUCAUGUUUGCUUACUUUAUGGUAUUGUUAGUGGUGGGAACCAGUGCUCAAAGGCCGACGGUCAGACAAGGUCCGCUUUCGUACGUCCAAGCCAGAAAUGCUUUCGCACGCGCGACACUGUAUUUACAAGAAAGACUGCCAGACAGACAAACUAACAUAACAGAUCCAGAAACGAGUAAACAAUUCAACUUCGGAAUCCUCGCUGGUGUUACCCUCGCUUUGGUUAAAGCAUUUUACGCCACAACCUCUGAAUACGACCCACUGAGGGUAUUGCAAAAAUCAGUUCCAGAAUCGUGGGAGGACUACAACGCGGUAUCUAGGAGUGUUAACGCUGUUCUAGCGGAGGCAAAUGCUAAGAUUCGGCCGAUUACAACACUGAUAGAUACACUGUGCCCAACAACUGAUACCGUGGAAGCCUGCAACCACGAAGUCCACGAGCGCGUGAUUCACAGCACAUACCUCGGACAUCGAGCCAAAUUCCUCCUCCAGUUAGGUAGAGCAGCGGCAACGAUCAAUAGAAAGGCGAAGCUUCUAGAUAAUGUAGCAGCUAAAAACAACGCAGUGCCUUAUCUCUUUAAAUUAGUAGUUAGUACUCCUUUUGAGGUGUUUAUAGCUGAAUUGACGCGGGCCUAUGAAUUUAUACGACCAAGAAAACUGAAAUAUCGUCGCUCUCACUUUGCAAGUCAACAAUGAAAAGCAGAGUUUUAUCUACCAGUUUCCCUUGGUUCAAUGAAACCUAAAAUACUUUAGAUAACUCUUCCUUUAUAACUGAAAGUUCGUUGAAUAUCAGAUGAUUUUUCACCGUGGAAAAAGUAGCAUUACCUUAUUAUUCCUUAAUAACAAUUAUUUCUGAAAAAAAGCAGACAGCCAAAAUCUAUUGGAUAUGUUGGAAAAUUAUAGGUAAUAAUAAUGUGCAUACCAAUGAUUUAUUAAUAAGUACCUAAA